GGCGAGCCCUGGGCGUCCAACUCUGCCGUCAGGCUGCGGGCACAGAGGGCCCCAAGAUCUGGGACCGCUGUGGGCGGCCGCUCCUUCACCUUCCCCCCACCCCUCAGCCCGCUUCCCCCUGCCCCGCCUGCCCGGUGGCUGCUCGGUGCCUGCAGGCGGGCCCACGCACGGAGGCCGGUUCUUGCGCUCCUGCGGCUGCGAGCCCAGCCCUGACCAGGCCCAGGCCAAGCAGAUCAGGCCGAGGGGCCGGCAUGGCCAGCGGCGGGCCCGGCGGCGGCCAAGGGGGCGCGGCGGGAAAGGUGCGCCGUGGAGUCCCGUGCGCCCUGGGCCGGGCCCGCCUGGGCUCGCUGCGCUCCCACCAGUGCGUGCUGCUGCUUGCCGGGCUGCUGGCCGUGUGCGCCUUCUAUUACAUGGGCUCCUGCCGCGAGACCUUCUCCAGCGCCACGCGGAGGCUCAAGGAGAGCCGGGCAGGAGGCACGUCCGGGCCCGCCCCGGCCCCUGCCUCAGAUGCCCCCCUGGCGCCCGAGGCGAAGGCCAAGCCGGCCGACGGCCUGUCCGCCGGGGCAGCCGAGCUGGACUACCACGUGCUGAUGAUGUUCACCAAGGCCGAUCGCAGCCCUGCGCUGCAGGCCAAGGGGCGCACAGCCCUGUGCUCGCUGCUGAGCCUCGCCAAGCUGGACGAGCAGGAGGUACUCAACGUGCACUUUGUCAGCGAGGAGGCCAGCAAGGAGAUCGCCAAGAACCUGCUCCGAGAGCUGCUGCCCGGGGUGACCUUCAAGUACAAGGUUAUCUUCCAUGAUGUCGGUGUCCUGACCGAGAAGCUGUUCCCUGUGGUGGAGGCCAUGCAGAAGCACUUCAGCGCAGGCUCUGGGACCUACUAUGGAGACUCCAUCUUCUUCUUGUCCAUUGCCAUGCACCAGAUCAUGCCCAAGGAGAUCUCACGGAUAAUUCAGCUGGACUUGGACCUGAAACAUAAGACCAAUAUUCGCGAGUUGUUUGAGGAAUUCGAUAAUUUCCCUGCAGGGGCUGUCAUUGGGAUCGCCCGGGAGAUGCAGCCAGUGUACAGGCACACCUUUUGGCAGUUUCGACGUGAGAACCCGCAGACCAGAGUUGGAGACCCUCCUCCCGAUGGGCUCCCCGGCUUCAACAGCGGCGUGAUGCUCCUGAACCUGGAUGCCAUGCGUCAGUCGGCGCUCUACCAGCAGCUGCUGGAGCCCGCGGCGCUGCAGCAGCUCACUGAGAAAUACCGCUUCCAGGGCCACCUGGGCGACCAGGACUUCUUCACCGUGGUUGGCAUGGAGCACCCCGAGCUCUUCCAUGUUCUAGACUGCACGUGGAACCGGCAGCUGUGCACCUGGUGGAGGGACCACGGCUAUGGUGACGUCUUUGACGCCUACUUCCGAUGCGAGGGCCACGUCAGGAUCUUCCAUGGUAACUGUAACACGCCUAUCCCAGAGGACUAGGGUCCCGGGGCUUUGCCCUGUCCCCCAGAGCAGCAUGAGGCCCCACUGAGGUUGUUCCCUGGCCUGGCUUCCCUUGGGAUCUCCCUGUUCAGCCAGUCUUGGUCCACCACUGACGCCCUCCAUCACACCUGCCCGCGGGUCGCUGGGUGGGGGAAGGACAAGAGGAUGACUGGGGAUGAUUGGCCCACUGGCCAGAGGGCAGUGCUGCCCAGGAGGGAAGGGCUGAGUUCUCAGGAGAGAAGGAAGAGAAGAAGCCUCCCCUCCCAUGAGGGGGUCUUUUUGGCCGUCUGGGCCUGAAUCAGAUCACGUGAUGUUAGUGCUCUCCAAAUACCGUCCUCGCUUGGACCAGGAACAGACUAACUCAGAAACAAGAGGCUUCCAUCUUCCACGGGCACUCAAGCAUCAGCCGCCCCUGCUGGUGUGGCCCUCAGGUGUCAAGGCUGGGGCUCAGGAGCACUGGCCCUCGAGGUGCCUCAGAACCGUGGCCAGAGCCUCCCUACAGUCCACCCAAGCUCGGUCUACUAGGGCGCUGGCCUUUCUGAUCAUGUACAUUGCUCACCAUUAUUUGGCUCUGAGCAACCUUCUCCUGCAGCUGGAUGGAGACUGGGCACUCCCCGUGGAGCAGAGCCCAUCCACCCAGUAUUAUUGUGCCCCCUGAGUCGGCGUCCGGGCCACAUCCUCUGGGACACACGUCCAGCCCCGAAGGCCAGCUGAGGCUCAGCCAAAGGCGUCGUUAGCAGAACUCAUGCAGCUGACCACCAUGGUGAUGACCACACUCUGCCUGAAGGCCAGAUUGUGCCAUGCUGGGGAAAAUGGCAGCCUCACUGCUCGUCUUCAGACCUUGUAAGUAGCCCAGGAGGCCGGUGCCCACGUUCACCUCCAUCCUCUUAGCUUCAGAUGGGCCGCACGGACCUGUCUGUCGGGCAGAGCCCAGGGGAGUCCCCGGGGUGGGGGAGGGGGGCAUGCCGGAGACUUCUCCCUUUUGUGUUGAAGUGUAUGUCUGCCCGAGGGCAGCCGGUACCCAGCUGUGGCCGCACACUGUUCACUGCUGCCUGUUCUGAGUGUCGUUUUUAACUGCAUGAGGGCUCCGGUCCAGAGCUUAAUAAAUUCAGUGGAAA